UAGUGUUGCGGGUGAGCUGUAUGCUUUGGUUAUAUUUCCCUACACUAAUUUUCUGUUGCUUUGUGUUCGCUCAGGUUCUGGGCGUGGCUGAAGGUGAGCUGGGCUCGAUUGUACAUGACUGUUUUUGAUUAUGCUUUACCAUUGUUUACAGCCUCUGUAUUGCAGUCAGUCUGUGCCAGAACAUCUCUCCCUGUUCCUUGGUAUUCCCCUGCGUUGACCUUCAAGUUUAGGAUCCUGAAAGGAACAAGCAAGGAGGUUGGCAGGGAAACAGCCAUCAUCUGGCCAACAGAUGGGAAAAGCACAAUAGGCCAUCUCUGAGGGGUAUACUGUCAAGCAUUUCUUAACCUUUCCUUCAAAAGGAUGGGCAACCCUGAUUUAGAGGGCCACAUCUGGUUUAUCAAAACCCCCAAAGGCCAAGCAAGUACCCCGGGCACUCUGGCUUCCUCCCACAUCCCAAAAACAUGUGUGGGUGUACCCCACCUGUCACCCGAAGAUAGCUGGGAUAGGCUCCAGCAUCCCGCGACCCUAGUGAGGAUAAGCAGUAAAGAAAAUGGAUGGAUAUACAUAUAUAUGUGCAAUGUGCAAUUAAGCCAGCCGCAGGAGUUAAGGUUAAAUAUUAUUAUUUUGAGACUCCCGCAUUUCUGCCUUGCCUCCCUGCUUCCCUGCAAUUGGGUCCACCAUGUUCUUGCCUUGCAUUCCUCGCCUUCGCCCUAACCACAUAUGUGACAGAAUCAACCGACCAGAACAGGACCCAGCGGGAAGAACAUGGCGUCACCCUGGACACCACCAAACUGCCUCCCACCGUCCUCAGCCUGCCAUCCAUACUACCCUCCUCCAGCUGAGGAAGCGACUGCAGGCCCCGUUCCGGCUCCUCGGCAGCUGCGCCAGGCUCCCGUUCCGGCUCCUUGGCAGCUGCGCCAGGCUCCCGUUCCGGCUCCUCGGCAGCUGCGCCAGGCUCCCGUUCCGGCUCCUCGGCAGCUGCGCCAGGCUCCCGUUCCGGCUCCUCUGCAGCUGCGCCAGGCUCCCGUUCCGGCUCGCCGGCUCCGGCGGCGCUCGUCCAGCGGCCGCCACCCGUCCUUGCUCCGGCGGCGCUCGUCCAGCGGCCGCCACCCGUCCUUGCUCCGGCGGCGCUCGUCCAGCGGCCGCCACCCGUCCUUGCUCCGGCGCCGUUCGUCCAGCGGCCGCCACCUGACCCCGCUCCGGCGGCAUUCGUCCAGCGGCCGCCACCCAACCCUAUUGCCUAGGCCCUGCAUUACCAUUGGGUUCGGCACCGUGGCCGUCCACCUGAAUGUCCCUGUAAAGACCCUGGUGCUUGGCUGAGCGGUUCAGGAGGUCGUCCAGGACCUCAGGUGGCCUGGAUGGCCACCAGACUGACCUGAGGGGUGGACUCUGUACCCUCCUCCAGGCCCCCUUCC